AUGGCAGACGACAAGAUGAGGUGUUCAUUUGGUGACAAUUGUGAUGAAAACACCUUGGUUUUAUUGAAAGAGUGUAAAAAAGAUACAACUAGUCAUGCCAGGUACCUAAAAUGCAGCACAGAGGACAUUCAUAUCCCUGAAAGUGUUCUUAUAUUAAACCGUGCAGGUGUUAUGGGACUUGGACUGUCUAAUUUAUAUAAACAUGUAUGCCUCAAACACAGAAAUAUUUUGGGUUUGCAUUGGAAGAGAAACAAAAGGACCUAUUGUCAUCCAUUGCAUGAUAAAAGUAAAUCCAGUACUAUCGCUCGAGGAGUCACUGUUGUCCAAAGUCGAGAGAUAUGGCUCAAGUUGAAUGUGGUUUUGCCGAUUGGAUCUGGUAUAUGCAGAAGAUGCAUAGAAACACACAAAAAAGAAAUCAGUAUGGGGAUAGAUCUGAAGGAAGAGCUGAAAGAAAUGUGUUCCUUGCUUGAAAAGACAGCAAAUGCAUCAAACCAAACAGGUGAUCACUUACUCUAG